CUCGGCCUCCCUCUUGUCUCGCCAAGCGCCAUUAAUGGCCGUACAUUUCAUCCUACUCUGCUUCCUCUUCUUGGUCACCCCUGCCUCCUCCGCCUCGACCACUUCACUCGCCACCAACGCCACCGCCAAUGGCUCGCCGGCUCGCCAAGCUGCAGGAAGCGGAAACGUGACCACGUUCAGCUUCUCGGGCUUCCACCCCGACCUCCGCGGCGCCAACCUGACGGUGGUCGGCGACGCCAGCAUCAACCAGGGCGCGCUCCAGAUCACGCCGGACACGGGCAACAACGCCGCCAACUUCCUCGCCAACAAGUCCGGCCGCGUCCUCUACUCCGACCCCUUCCGGCUCUGGCGCGCCGAGAAGGGCGCCGGCGCCAAGAAGGUCGCGUCCUUCAGCGCCGUCUUCACCGUCAACGUGUACCGCUUCAAUGGCACGGAGCCGGCGGAGGGGUUCGCGUUCCUCAUCGCGCCGUCCGCGGACGCGCCGCCCCCCGGCAGCUACGGCGGGUUCCUCGGCCUCACCAAUGCGGCCACCGACGGCAACGGCGCGAACCAGGUCGUCGCCGUGGAGCUGGACACCGAGAAGCAGCCGUACGACCAGGACGACAACCACAUCGGCCUCAACGUCAACAGCGUCGUCUCCGUCGCCAACGCCUCGCUCACGCCCCUGGGCAUCGAGAUCUCUCCGAUCGGGACCGCCAAGUACAACCUCUGGAUCGACUACGACGGCGCCGCGCGCCGCAUCGCCGUGUACAUGGCCGACGUCUCGAAGCCGAAGCCCGCGUCGCCGGUGCUCGCCUCGGCGCUGGAUCUCGGCGCCACCGUGGCCGAGAAGUCCUACUUCGGGUUCGCCGCCUCCACGGGGCGCAAGUACCAGCUCAACUGCGUCCUGGCGUGGAACAUGACGGUGGAGAACAUACCCUGGGACGAGCCCGGCAAGUCCAAGAGCGGCCUGGUGCUGGGGCUCGCCGUCGGGGUGCCCGUGGCGGUCUUCGCGCUGGCCGUGGCCGCCGCAUUGGGGUACUUCCUGUGCGUGGUGAAGCGGCGGAAGGUGGACCGCGACGAAGGCGGCAGCGGCAGCGUCAUCACCGGGACGAUGAUCCGGAGCCUCGCCGGCGGGCCAAGGGAGUUCGACUACCGGGAGCUGCGGAAGGCGACCAACAACUUCGACGAGAGGAUGAAGCUCGGGCAGGGCGGGUACGGGGUGGUGUACCGCGGCGUGGUGGUGGAGGACCACAACAACCCGGCCGCCGCCGGGACGACGGUGGAGGUGGCGGUGAAGAAGUUCUCGCGGGCGAGCACGCAGGGGCAGAACGACUUCCUCUCCGAGCUCAGCAUCAUCAACAGGCUCCGCCACAAGCACCUCGUCCGACUCGUCGGGUGGAGCCACGACGACGGGGAGCUGCUGCUGGUGUACGAGUACAUGCCGAACGGCAGCCUGGACCAGCACCUGUUCAGCUCGGCGGCGGGGUCGCGGCAGCGGCAGCCACUCGGGUGGGAGCUCCGGUACAGCAUCGUCCAGGGCGUGGCGUCGGCGCUGCACUACCUGCACGACCAGUACGAUCAGCGCGUGGUGCACCGCGACCUCAAGGCCUCCAACAUCAUGCUCGACGCCGCCUUCACCGCGCGCCUCGGCGACUUCGGCCUCGCCCGCGCCAUCGAGACGGACAAGACCUCCUACAUGGAGGAGGUCGCCGGCGGCGUCCACGGCACCGUCGGCUACAUCGCGCCCGAGUGCUUCCACACCGAGAAGGCCACACGCGAGUCCGACGUCUACGCCUUCGGCGCCGUCAUCCUCGAGACCGUCUGCGGCCGCCGCCCGCGCUGCGACAUCGACGGCUUCCACUUCCUCGUCGACUGGGUGUGGCGCCUCCACCGCGACGGCCGCGCGCUCGAGGCCGUCGACCCCAGCCUCGACGGCGCGUACGACGAGGACGACGCCGAGCGGCUGCUCAUGCUGGGACUGGCGUGCAGCCACCCGACCCCAGCCGAGAGGCCCAAGGCGCAGGCCAUCUCGCAGAUCCUGCUGCGAGCCAUGCCGACUCCACAUGUGCCGCCGUUCAAGCCUUCUUUUGUGUGGCCGGCGACGGACGGGGGAUUCGACACAAUGUCGACGACGGCAGGGACGACGUCCAGCCAGGUCAGCACGGUCAUGACAUCAUCGUCCGCCGGGAGCGGCAACUUCAUGAGAGGGAGCCAGAGCCACGCGCCGCCGGCGCCGGAGCAAGACACCUCCGGUUCGUUGGUUUGAAACAGACCGGAUUGUCAUUGCCACCGUGGAGUCUAAUUGUCUAAACCGAAGUCUCCAACGUGGAAUGGAAUCGAUAUCAAGAAAAUUGUAAAACAUCAGGCAAUUUCUCUCCUGUGCUUUUUUCGACAGUGUUGAUCUCACUGUCUAAACCGGAGUCUCCACGAUAGCAUCAGGCUUAAACGGAAAAGGGAAGAAUGGCACGAUGCAUUUGGUUCGUGCGGUAACAUUUUUUCUAACGCUUUCUACCU